GCUUCGAAGCACGCUCGUCCAUCGCUGGUGUUGUUACCCCGUCAUCGGUCGGUUUGGGGCUAAUUCGCGAGUGCGCCACCAGAAAAGAAGCCAUGACACUUAAACUUGCCGCUGGCUCGCCUUCAGAUCUUCAAAUCUGUGCAUCUGCGCAUCUGUGCUGCACACCUCGAUCCGGUCCUACCUGAGCUUCGCUAUACCUGGUUGUCGGGUUCUGGGAUCAGUCCAACACCCGCGGAAUCCCCCAAACGCUUUCUUCACGUUCCACAUUGUUGUCAGAUGGAUCACAUACUACCGAAUCCUGCGUCACGCAGGCCCCUCUCCAAAGCCCUUCCUCCUAUUGUGCUGGGCACAGCUACCUUCAAUCACCAAUACAAUUCCGACCCGCACUCCCUCGCAACUACCGCGAUCGUCCACAAGGCCCUUCGGUACGGAAUUCGCGCCUUCGACACAUCGCCUUACUACGGCCCCGCCGAGACCCUCCUAGGCGAGGCAUUGAACAGCCAAUCCUUCGUUCCGAGAUCAGACUAUAUCCUCCAAUCCAAAUGCGGAAGAAUCCGGGCGGACGAAUUCGACUACUCGCCGGAAUGGAUACGGCAGUCGAUUCAGAAUUCGCUACAGCGGCUCGGAACCGAGUACCUUGAUGUGGUUUUCUGCCAUGACGUUGAGUUUGUUAAGCCCCAUGAGGUCAUCACGGCAGUGAGAACGCUGCGGGAGCUCCGAGACCAGGGUCUCAUUCGAUAUGUUGGUAUCUCUGGGUAUCCUACCGAUGUUCUGGCGAGUCUGGCGAAGGAGGUGAAGGAAUUGACUGGAGAACCUUUGGAUGCCGUCAUGAGUUACGCCCAUUACACGCUGCAGAAUACCGUCUUGUUCUCCAAAGCUCUCGGAAAGCUCGUCGACGCUGGUGUCGACUGCGUUCUCAAUGGUUCACCGUUGGGAAUGGGCCUGCUCCGUCGUCAGGGUGUGCCGGUGGGUGGUAUGGGAGAUUUUCAUCCGGCGCCAAAAGCGCUGAGAAAUCGAUGUAUCGAGGCUAGCGAUGUGGUGGAAAAGUAUGGGCAGGAGGGAGAGCGGUUGGAGACAUUGGCGUUGAGGUUCUCGAUCGAAGGAUGGAUGAAAGAUGGUGCUGUUGCUGGAACGACGGUGAAGCCCCUCCUAGGUGAUCCUGCUGCCUCGUCAUCUCCGAGAACAGUCCAAGUUGCUCGCCCGAGACUGGGUGUCACCGUGGCCGGUGUGAGCUACAUGAAUGAGAUGGACGAGUUGGCAGCCAUCUGGCGGGAUGUCAUCACUGCAUCGGAGAGAGAAUUUUUGUACCAGAAGGUGAUUGGUGCGUUCGGUGACGAGUGGAAGGAUUACUCGUGGCCCAGUCCUGGAGAGGGCUAUGUUAGGAGCAGUGGUCAUGAAGAACCGGAGGAUGAAUCAUUACUGAAGAGCCGAUUGUAACUGGGCUUUGGAAAAAAAAAAUAUGGAUACUAGCGUGCCGUUUUAACGUGGGACUGUGGGCGAUUAGAUGGCGUUUGUUUGUUUGCAUGAUGACUUCGAGAGGGAAUGGAAGGUUGGAUUAUUGUUAUAUGCUUCAAGUAUUAUAGAUAUAAAGACGUAUUAGGCAACCUAAAUCCGCUUCAUGUCAGAC